AAGGGUUCCAAGGGCGACAGUAACGAAGGCAGCGACACCAAGACCACCAAGCUCAAGGGUGCUCAGAGCAUUAACGUCAGGCAUAUUCUCUGUGAGAAAUUCUCCAAGAGUGAUGAGGCAAUGGAGAGGCUGAGGAACGGGGAGAAGUUUGAUGCCGUGGCCAGAGACAUGUCAGAAGACAAGGCGAAAGCGGGAGGGUCACUGGGCUGGCAAAUCAAAGGCAAUCUGGAUCCUGACUUUGAGAAAGUCGCCUUCGAGCUGCCGGCCAGCUCAGUCGACAGUCCGAAGUUUGAGAGAGUCAAGACUGGGUUCGGGUAUCACAUCAUCAUGGUCGAGGGCCGCAAAUAG